AGAACGUGGAAAUCACUAUCAAGAAGUUGAUGAAUAUGCUGAGCACGUCCUAACUUACCCACGAGUCUUCUUCCUCCUUUAAGUAGUCCAGUCCGUCAAUUCUGCUUCACAAUCUGCAUCUUUCACCAUGGCGCUUCCAACUUCAGAUGCAGUUCUUCCCAUCUCAAAACACUGCUCCCAACAAGCACGUGACAUUUACAAUGGAGUUGGAGUUGAAGUUGAAGUUGACGUCCAUGUCCAUGUGACAGCUGAACGUGAGGAAUUCUACAAGGAAGUUCAGGUAGAGUACUCGGAUUUUCAUCCUGAUCUUCCCUAUGAGUUCGAGUUCUUGCCUGUGGAGAAACCCAAACUUUUGGUUGAAAAGGAGAGCAUGCAGAAGGAAAAGCAGAUUUUGGUGGAUCCUAUUUCCUUGAAAGGAUCAUCGUUUAAAAAGGCGAGCUUUAAUAUGAUGUCGCUUCCGCCACCUCUACCACCUGCAAAAUCCAAGUUCUUAAGCUUCAGCCUCCCAAACUCAGCCAACUCCUCUCCUCGAUUCAGCUCAAUUUUUAAGAAGAAAUUAAGGAAUGAAACCAAAGAAAAUCCUCGAAAAGUCAGUAAUCUGGCUCGCCAGCACUCUGCAGCGGACAAUCAUCUGACGCUGCAAAGAGAGGUGAAUUUACGACGGAGCAAAUCCUGCGCGGAUGGAAGAACACACACCCCAUCAGACGAUUUGGAUUUUUGGCUUAUAAAACCAGAUGUUUCUGAAUAUGAUAACAGGUACUACGCCAGCAUUUCCAAGACUACUGAAUCUAGCAAAGAUAUUAACAUGAAGAUGAAGGUGAGGUGCAUGGAUGCUGGUGAUAAGGAGUUUAAAUGUGGUGCCAUGUGCCUGUUCUUGCCAGGCUUUAGCAAGGUAAAGCCAGUAAGAGCAAGAAAGGUAGAAACAGAGAAUGAAAAUGUGAUAUCCAGGACAGUUUCCUUGGAAAAAUUCGAAUGUGGGUCUUGGGCUUCAUCAGCAGUAACACACGACCCUGAUGAUGACUCCAAGAAUCUCUACUUUGAUCUGCCAUUGGAGUUAAUCCGAGCUAACGUCAAUGAUGCACAUUCACCAGUUACAGCAGCAUUCAUAUUUGAUAAAGAUCAGAAAGGGAUUCUCAAGAAUAGUUCGACAAGAGCAGCAGCCAAGAAAUCAGAUGAAUCACCGCGCCAUGUUCGUUUUUCUACGUCAUCCCCUAAAUCACACCCAACCUCACCAGCUUCUUGCAUUACACCUCGUUUGCGCAAGGCCAGGGAGGAAUUCAAUGCCUUCUUGGAAGCACAGGGUGCUUGAAAUGUCUUGAAUCAUCAUUAUCUACGCUGUUUGUGCAUACGAAAGUAUCAGGCGCCCAUUUUUUUCGUUAGCCCAUGACUGUCAGAAGUUAAUACAUAGGAGGCCCCGAUUUUCUUUUUCUUUCCUUUGUAGUGUAUUUUAUACUUUUGUCUUUGUUGUG